AUGUCAUCACAAACAGAAUUAAAUCGAUCAGGAACUGUAUUAGAUGGCGUGGCUGAUGGCUUUAUAGCGUUACGCGAGAUCCGGGAGAUCCCCGGCACGCUCAACGGGCUGUAUCUGUGGCUGGCCCAGCGGCUGUUUCACGGCAGACGGUUUACUAAGGUCCGCCUACUACUAGACGUGCUGCUAGCAGCCAGAUGCGGCGUCACCGAGGAAAUGCUGUACCGCUGUCUGCUGACCAAGGAAUACAGCGUGAGCCGCGAGGACUUCACGCGCCGGCUGCACCUGCUGCGGCGGAUCCUCGUGAUGGAGAAGUCAACCGGCUACCUAUCCCUCUUCCACCACUCGUUCGCGGCGUGGCUGGGCGACGUGAAGCACUGCACGCGCCGCUACCUGUGCUGCCCGGCCGACGGCCACGCCGCGCUCGCUAUGCACUACACGCUCACCGCCCGCAGACUAACGGCGUUAGAGAUCCAUAACUACGUGUACCACAUGACGAACCUUGAGCAACACAUGGCUGCACAGAAGAAGAGCAAAACUACCGACACAGAGGAAGUCCUGGACCUCCAUACCCUGAUGCUGCUAUGGGUGCUUGAUUCAGGCUGCGACGUGGAGUCAGCCCUGAAGAGGGAAAACGACGCGCUGCGAUAUAUGGACUCUCUGGCUAACAAGACGAUCAACGAAGGCAAUCUCGAUGAGAAAACUGGAGAGCCUGAUUCGGAAGGCAGGGAGUCUAUAUCAGCAGACACAUCAGCUCUUGAAGCGAUAAUGCCAGAGUUAGUCGGAGGGGACGCGUCCGGCCGCUGGCCGCGAGACCGGACAGUGUUCCGGACGCUGCUCGAGCUCAGCCGGACGGACGGCGGACACGACGCGGACACUGAGAUACAUGACUUGCUCACCACAGAACCUGAGACGGAAGUGAAGACAGAAGCGAGCACAGAGGAGCCGGAAGAACCGGUCAUAUUGGACCCCAAUCUGGUAUUCGAGUUGGCUACCAAGGGUGAUGAUGAAGCGUUGGCUGCUUUGGUGAAACGCUAUCCGCAACUGGUAGAAGUGACCGACGCAUCCGGUGGCACAGCUUUGCACUGCGCUGCCCGCGGCGGCCGCGCUAAAGCCGCUCUCGUGCUGCUCUCAGCAGGCGCCCGCGCUGACGCUGCCGAUGCUGAUGGCUGGAGCGCGCUGCGGGCGGCCGCUUGGGCGGGACAUACCGAGGUUGUUGAAGUGUUGCUGGAGUUUGGAUGCGACGUGGAUUGCGUUGAUGCCGACAACAGAACUGCUUUGAGAGCGGCAGCAUGGUCCGGCCACGAAGCGGUCGUCUCACGCCUACUAGCCGCCGGCGCGGAUCCGGACAAGGCGGACGCGGAAGGCCGGACGCCGCUUAUUGCAGCGGCCUAUAUGGGCCACGCGGACAUCGUCCGGGCGUUGUUGGACGCUGGGGCGAAUGUGGACCACGCUGACGAGGAUGGUCGCACAGCGCUCUCAGUGGCCUCACUCUGCGCUUCAGGCGGCGCGUGCGCAUCUCUACUACUGGAGCGCGGCGCUGACGUCAGCGCGGCCGACCGCGACCAGGCCGCGCCGCUUCUAGUUGCAGCUUUUGAAGGGCACACCGAGAUCUGCGAGCUCCUCCUCGAAGCCGAAGCGGACAUCGAGGCGGCGGACGCGCCCGGACGCACGGCGCUGUGGGCGGCCGCGUCCGCCGGACACGCGCGCACCGUCCGCUUGCUGCUGUUCUGGGGCGCUUGUGUGGAUACUAUGGACGCUGAGGGACGGACUGUGCUAAGCGCUGCGGCCGCGCAAGCAACUGGAGACGUCAAUGAGAUCUGCGAGCUCCUCCUGGAAGCCGAAGCGGACAUUGAGGCGGCGGACGCCCCCGGACGCACGGCGCUGUGGGCGGCCGCGUCCGCCGGACACGCGCGUACCGUCCGCUUGCUGCUGUUCUGGGGCGCUUGUGUGGAUACUAUGGACGCUGAGGGACGGACUGUGCUAAGCGCUGCCGCCGCACAAGGUGGGUGA